UGACACUUUUAAGAAGCCCAACAUUUCAAUUCAAGAUUACCUAUUUUGAUCUCUUCGAUCCCCUUUCUUGAACCGUUUGCUUCUUUCGUCUCCUCAACAGGAACCAUGAUUAAGUUAUUCAAAGUAAAGGAGAAGCAAAAGGAACUCAAUGAGAAUGCCAAUGAAAAGGGCCAUGUGAAGAAGCAAAGUGCUGGGGAGUUACGUCUUCAUAAAGACAUUAGUGAGCUGAACUUACCUGCGACAUGUAUUAUCUCUUUCCCUAAUGGCAAGGAUGACCUGAUGAACUUUGAAAUCACUAUUCGACCAGAUGAAGGAUAUUACUUAGGGGGUGCAUUUCUAUUUUCUUUCCAAGUUUCCCAUAUUUAUCCGCAUGAACCUCCAAAAGUCAAGUGCAAGACCAAGGUUUAUCAACCUAAUAUUUGAAAAUUCCUUGUAAAU